AUGGGAGGGCUGGUACAAUGGGAGGGCUGGUACAAGGCUGAUGAGGAGGAGGUAGAGAAGUGUGAGGUGGCUCUCUCCUCUCCUCUCCCUCACACAGCCUUCACUGCCUCCUCAGUCUUCACCAGUGGAUACGCUCCAGGCUACGCCAAGCUCAACCAGAGAGGAGGUGCAGGGGGCUGGUCUCCCCAGGACAGCGACAGCUACCCGUGGCUCCAGGUGGACCUGGGCAGCCGGAAACAGGUAGUUGCCGUGGCAACGCAGGGCAGGUACAGCAGCUCUGAUUGGACGACGAGGUACAGGCUGCUCUACAGCGACACGGGCAGGAACUGGAAGCCCUAUCAUCAGGAUGGAAACAUAUGGGCGUUCUCAGGCAACUCCAACACGGAGAGCGUGGUAAGACACGACCUGGCGCAAGGCAUUGUGGGCCGGUUGCUGCGUUUUGUACCGCUGGACUGGAGUGGAGAGGGACGCAUCGGCCUCCGCAUAGAGGUCUACGGCUGUUCCUACUGGGCAGACGUAAUAAACUUUGAUGGACAGGGAGUUAUAUCGUACCGAUUUAAGGUGAAGAAGAUGAAGAUCAUAAAGGAUGUGAUCGCUCUGAAGUUUAAAACGUGGGAUAGUGAAGGAGUCAUUCUACACGGAGAGGGACAGCAAGGAGACUAUAUUACAUUAGAGCUACGCAAGGCCAAACUCCUCCUGCAGAUUAACCUAGGCAGUAACCAGUACGGUUCGAUCCUGGGCCACACCUCUGUGACGUCUGGAAGCCUAUUGGAUGAUCACCACUGGCACUCUGUGAUGAUUGAACGAUACCGACGCAACGUUAACUUCACCCUGGACACACACACACAACACUUCAGGACCAACGGAGAGUUUGACCAUCUGGAUCUAGACUACGAGGUGAGGAGCUAAAGAAACACACACACACACACACCACACACACACACAACACUUCAGGACCAACGGAGAGUUUGACCAUC